AUGCUUACAGAUCGCACAAAUAUCCCCGACAAUGGCUACGCUGCUCUAUUCACCGAAGAAAUGCUCCAGAACUUAGAUGCCACUCUUCUCUUCAUUGAAAAUGACACAGGAUCCCCGACCAAUGCUUGCAAUACAAGUAACAUGCAAGAAGCCUCCUUCAUGCAAUUUUCGACAAUUCCUGGUUCAUUUUCUCCUACCACAUCUGUCAAUACAAACAGCAUUGAGCCACCUUCGCUCCCUCCCCAUAUAUCGGUGGAUUCUCUUCGACCACUCCUUGAACCAAUGGAGCGCACGGAGCUCAACGACUCUGACCUUGCGAAAACUACAUGGGCAAGCCGUAAUCCUCGCCUACCCACUCUUCCUAUUCGAGAGUGGCCAACGACUCAGGGAAGUGCCGUUACUGGAAGCCGUGCUCUCUUGCGGAAGGAAAAUGAAGGUCGACGCGAGGAAUACAAUAAACAGCUGCGCGACGCUAAGGAUCGAGUGCAACAUGACAUUGCCCGUCUUGCCUCCACCUUUCACCGAGACGAAAACCAGAUCCAGUUUGACCUGGUUGGUGGUACCCUGUAUCGUAAACCACGUCGCCUAUGCUUCGAGGAUGUAAAGAUUAGUAUGGAGGCCAAAAAACACAAUGCAGAUCUUCCACCUGGAAAGCGUCUUGGGAUCAAGAAACUCAGGGCUGUUGCCACUGCUAAUACCACCUACGAUAAUCUCACACCAGAGGAAAAGAGUGAGAUGGUAAAGGCGUUUGAGGCUGAGAAGGCUGUCAAAAGCAAAUCAGUACGCAGCACAAGCUUGUCAGCGGGUAAUGACUUUAGAGCAACAUCUGGCCACAUUGGACAAGAGCUCCAAAAUCUGGCCGUACGAACCGGCGCCAUGUCAUUUUCUAUCAUGACACGCUCACACCUUGACGACGCCUUCCAGACCCAGGUUCAUUCAAGUUUGGGAGCAGAAGAAUUUAUCUGGGAUACAUUUAAUAUGGAGCUCGUCGACAUGGCACGGCAUUUUGAGAUGUGGGCAUGUUCAAAGGCCACAAAUCACGACGAGAGAGAGACAACCGCUGGUAUCCGGUGCGAGAUCACUGCAAAGAUCCAAACAAAACUCCGCUCUGCAAGUCAUAUUAGGACUGCAGCGAUGCAUUAUGAAAAGUACGAUACUCACAUCAUUCAGGCGUAUGGUGUUGAGCUCCGUGGCUGGCCCAAAGGCAUCCCCUUUAUGACGCCAUCAAAUAUCAAAGGCAUUGUAGACCUGCGUAAGCUUCAUGAUGCGUUGGAUAGCGGAAAAUGUCACUGGCAUGAGCUCACCCCUGAAGAAUUACGGAGACGGGAGGAGGAAUGA